CGCGUGACAUCACGCCUCGCGCACAGGAUAAAACGGAGCUCGCGGCUUUGGCUCUGCGCUUUUUUCUGCAGCUGGAGCAGGAUGCGGGGGGCGCAGGGGUCUCCUCUGAACCUUCUGUCCGCGGACACGGUGUCGCGAUGGGGAUCUGAGCUCUGAGGACUCUUCCAUGCGCAGCUUCCUCUUUUUUUUAUUAUUUGGAGACGCCUCACGCGUAAUUACGCGCAGUAAAAGCAGCGGCUGGUUGCGCGCGCGGACCUGCGUGGACAUGGAUCAGUGCGCGGCUGUGUACGUGCUGCUGCUGGGUCUGCUGACGCACGGGGGGGUCUGUCAGCACUUCUACCUCCUGCGGCCCAUCCCGAGCGACAGCCUGCCGCUGGUGGAUCUAAAGGAGGACCCGGAUCCGGUCUUUGACCCCAAGGAGCGGGACCUGAACGAGACGGAGCUGAGGAGCAUCCUGGGGGAGUUUGACCUGCGCUUUUUGUCCGCGUCCGUCCCCGCGGAGGACAGGUUCCCGGGGAACGACGAGCUGGACGCGUCCGACAGCCUGAGGGCGGGCGGCGGGAUGAUGCCCAAAGAGAUCCGCGCCGUGGACUUCGACGUCCAGGUGGGCAAGAAACAGAAACCCAGCAAGAAGCUGAAGCGGCGGCUGCAGCAGUGGCUGUGGGCCUACACCUCCUGCCCGGUUCUGUACAGCUGGACCGACCUGGGGAUCCGCUUCUGGCCGCGCCACGUGCGCGCGGCCAGCUGUCUGAGCAAGAGGUCGUGCUCCGUCCCGGAAGGGAUGGUCUGCAAACCCGCGAACUCGACCCACCUGACGCUGCUGAGGUGGAGGUGCGUGCAGAGGAAGGCGGGGCUGAAGUGCGCGUGGAUCCCGAUCCAGUACCCGCUCAUCACGGACUGUAAAUGCUCCUGCUCGAGUUAGAAACCUGACUGGAUCAAGUUAAAUUAUAAGCUCAGUGAUUUUAUUUCCCCACGUGCACUACAGGGUGUGAGAAUGUAUUUUCUGUAAAUGCAGUUUUUUUUAAUUCCUUCCUGUAAAAAGUCAGUAUUAUUUGUAACCAGAGUCUUUAUUUGUGCAGAUUAGUGGUUUUUAUAUAUUUUGUAUUUAUGAAGCUGCGCCACACGAAAUUUGAUCCUUUUUAUUUUGAUUCUUUUGAUGAUUCAAAGAUGAUUAAAGACGCAGACAUGUUCUGGUGAUGAGUUUUAUCCUGUAAAUAUAAGAAAUGUGCUAUUUAUUCUUUAUAUUCGUACAAUAAAAUGACUCUGAAAUGA